AUGGCUAAAUGUUCAACUAUGGAAAACAGAACCUUGUUUCAUGUCGAAGCAAACAAGACACAGUAUCAUAUGUAUCCGCCACCGGUUGUUAGAUACGAAGAUGUUACAGCCGAUUCCAAGCUCUUCAUGGAUACUCUUGGAAAUUUUCAUGCUGCCAUGGGGACAAAAUUUAUGAUUCCAAUCAUUGGGGGCAAGGACCUAAAUUUGCAUCGCUUGUUUGUGGAAGUCACUUCCCUUGGUGGCAUUAAAAAGGUUCUUGAAGAGAAGAAGUGGAGGGAAGUGACUAAUUCUUUCAAUUUUCCGCCUUCAGCCACAAACGCUUCAUUUAUCUUAAGAAAGUAUUAUAUGUCACUCAUUUACCAUUUUGAACAAGUUUAUUACUUUAAGGCUAAAGCAUGGACUCCUGUUUCGAAUGAUACGUGGCAGAAUACGAAGCAUAGUUUAACUUCAACUUCUGGAAUAAACAAAACUCAACUGCCAUUACCCAAAUCCCAAGUAUUGUCUGCAGAAACUCAAGCGUUAUCAAUGAAGCGACAGAAGACUUCUAUAGAGGACGUGUUGCCCAAAGGUUCCCCAAAACCGUCUACAGGCCUCCCAGUGACAGGUGUAAUUGACGGGAAAUUUGAUAAUGGGUAUCUUUGCACUAUCAUGAUAGGCGGAGAACCACUACAAGGUGUUCUUUUUCAGUCCACAGCAUACAUCUCAUAUCAGCCUCCAACACAUCAAAACGUAGCAACUGAGUGUCCUGUUACAAGUGGAAAUGAAACUCAACCACUAACUAUGGUAAAACGUAGGAGAAGAAAGAAAUUAGAAAUGAAAAAAAGGGAUCCUGCUCACCCGAAAACAAACAGAAGUGGUUAUAAUUUCUUCUUUGCAGAGCAGCAUGCUAGGCUUAAACCACUUCACCCCGGAAAAGAUAGAGAUAUCAGUAGGAUGAUUGGUGAACUUUGGAAUAACAUAACAGAAUCUCAAAAGGCGGUCUACCAAGAAAAAGCCAUGAAAGACAAGGAACGAUACAAAAUCGAAAUGGAACUUUACAGAAAAGGUUUAAGUAGGGCAGGACAUAUCAUAAGCAAUGCAGCACCAUUUCUGCAACAUCCGUUAAACGAAACUCCAGAAAGUGAUGAUUGAGUUCAAAAUGAAGCAAGGAGUACUCAGAACCUGAAAUUGCCUCUCAAAGUAAGAGUCCUAACUGCAAAUGACGGUAAGAAAUUAUUAGCUUGGUUACAUUUGU